AUGAUGUGUUUUGAUUAAUUAAACCUAUACGAUUGACAUUGCUAUUGAACAAAUAAAUUCAAGCAAACAUUUUCUAUACAGCCUGAUUUUCUGAAUCAUGAACGAAAAUGAGUGGCAAAAAAUCGUUGAAAAUAUUCAUCUAUAGUGCUGAUGGAGUUGGCCAUAUUAACGCCUGUGUUGGCCUUGGUCAAGCUAUGGUCAAUCGUGGUCAUGAAGUGUAUUUUUUAUGUUCAUUAAUGUUUGCUGGUACGUUGAAAAAAUAUGGUUUCCACGAAAUUAUUCUGACCACAAAACAGCAUGAAGAUUUGAAUAUCAAUGACGAGGACAAAAAAAUUCAUCCGAUUACAUCGGUAAAAAUGAUGUUGGAUAAAUUCCGAGAGACUGGUCUAUUGUCCGAUAGUCGACCAAUCGAGAAAUUGGAAUGCUUUGAUUCGACUCGUGAAGAUUCGAUGGGAUUUCAUAUGUAUGGAGCGACUGUCGAAAUCCAUCAACAGAUUGUCGAUGCUAUUCAACGUGAACAACCGGAUUUAAUAAUUAUCGACAAUUUUAUUGUCGAUCCAUUCAUUUCAUUCGGCAAAAUUCCCUGGGCAUUCUCCUGGAGUGGUAAUCCAGCAUUUAUGUUUGUCGAUCAUCCUGAUAUUCCACCAUCAUGUUCAGGCCUUCCAUCAAAUGAUCGUAGCGGUUGGGAUGAAUUUCGUGAAAAAUUCAACAAAACAUUCAAGAAAGAUGUUCGUUUCUUUCAGAACAAAUUGAACAAACAUUUUGGUUACCCGGAAGUGGAUGAGAAUCAAUUUCUACCCCUUUCACCGCAUCUAAACUUUUACGGCUAUCCAAAAGAAUUGGAUUAUAGUGACAUUGUUCCGUUGCCUGAUAAUUUUAUUCGAUUAGAUGCAUAUUGCCGUGAAACACCCGAACCAUUUGAAUUGCCUGAACAAUUCAAAUCAAAACUUGACCCAAAGGAUAAAUUGAUCUAUUUAUCGUUGGGUUCAAUGGGAUCAAUUGAUGUCGAUCUAAUGAAACGAAUCGUGCAAGCAUUAUCGAAAACACCGUACAAAUAUAUUGUAUCGAAAGGAACGUUGCAUGAAGAAUACGAUUUAGCCGAUAACAUGUGGGGUGAAGCAUUUUUACCACAAAUCCGUAUACUUCCUUUGGUCGAUAUGGUCAUCACACAUGGUGGUAAUAAUACGGUUACCGAAACGUUUUCAGUUGGAAAACCAAUACUCGUCAUGCCAUUAUUUGCCGAUCAAUUUGACAAUGCACAACGUAUUCGUGAGAAAGGUUUUGGUGAUCGUAUCGAAGCCUAUCGAUUCAAAGAUGAUGAACUGAUUCAAAUGAUUGAUACGAUCAUCAAUGACGAGCGGAUACGCGAACGGUGUCGAAAAGCAGCCGAACGUAUUCGUAUAGAUGAUUCAAAAGUGAAAGCAUGCGAAAAGAUUGAACAAUUUUUGAAUAAUUAUUCAAAGAACCAGUGAAUGGUUCUAUCAAUAAGUUUAUUUGGUUGAUUAUGAUUCAUAAUAAUUUAUGAUUUAUGAAAUAAAAAGAGUUGCAUUGAUUUUA